AUGGAGAGGGGAAACCAAACCAGCAUCUCAGAAUUUCUCCUCCUGGGACUGUCCGACAGAGAGGAGCUGCAGCAGCUCCUCUUCAUUCUGUUUCUCUGGAUGUAUCUGUUCGGGGUCCUGGGGAGUCUGACCAUCGCCCUAGCCAUCGGAUCCGACCCACAUCUGCACACCCCCAUGUACUUCUUCCUCACCAACCUCUCCCUGGCCGACAUCUGCUUCCUGUCCACCACGGUUCUCAAGAUGCUGAUCAACAUCCAGACCCACAGCAAAUCCAUAUCAUACGCUGGCUGCCUGGUGCAAAUGUACUUCUUCAUUCUGUUCAUAAGUCUGGACCAUUUUCUCCUCACCGGGAUGGCAUAUGACCGCUAUGUGGCCAUACGCCACCCCCUCCACUACACCGCCAUCAUGAGCCCACGGCUCUGUGCCCUGACGGUUGCUGGAUCCUGGAUACUCAGCAGUCUACAUGCUCUGACGCAUACGUUGAUGGGGCUUCAAAUAUCCUUCUGUGCAGACAAUAAAAUCCAUCACUUCUUCUGUGAACCUAUCCAGAUCAUAAAACUUUCCUGCAAGGAUCCACUCAUCAAUGAAAUAUUGCUCUGUGAUCUUGGAGCUCUGUUAGGGCUAGGUCCCCUCACGGGACUUCUGUUCUCUUACAAUCGUAUUAUCUCCACUAUUUUGAGAAUCCCAUCUGCCGGGAGUCUACUUCACCUGAGGAACAAGGACAUGAAAGGAGCCCUGAGAAAAUUCAUGAGUAGGAAAUCUGGCUUCUUCCAGAGAUUAUCCUCCGGCCCCAUGGAGAAGGGAAACCAAACCAGCAUCACGGAAUUCCUUCUUCUGGGACUGUCCGACUGGGCGAAGCAGUGGCAGCUCCUCUUCGUGCUGUUCCUCUGGUUUUACCUUCUCGGCGUUGUAGGGAACCUGCUCAUUGUCCUGGCCAUCAGCUCUGACCCGCACCUGCACACCCCAAUGUACUUCUUCCUCACCAACCUCUCCCUAGCCGACAUCUGCUUCCUAUCCACCACGGUCCCCAAGAUUCUGGUCAACAUUCAGAACCACGACAAAUCCAUAUCCUAUGCUGGCUGCCUGGCGCAAAUGUACUUCUUCAUUCUGUUUGGAGGUCUGGACCACUUUCUCAUCACUGGGAUGGCAUAUGACCGUUACGAGGCCAUAUGCCACCCCCUCCACUAUACCACCAUCAUGAGCCCACGGCUCUGUAGCCUGCUGGUUGCUGGAUCCUGGAUCUUCAGUUCCCUCCAUGCCCUGAUACACACCCUAUUAGUGGUUCGCUUAUCCUUCUGUUCCAAUCGUGAAAUUCUUCACUUCUUCUGUGAACUUUACCAGAUCCUAGAGCUUUCCUGUUUUAGCGUCAUCAUCAAUAAACUAAUGGUGUUUGUCUUUGCAGCACUGAUUGGGGUAGGACCAAUAUUUGGCCUCCUGUUCUCUUACAUUCGCAUCAUCUCCACCAUAUUGAGAAUCCCAUCUGCAGGGGGAAGGUGGAAAGCUUUCAGCACCUGUGGCUCUCACCUUUCCGUGGUCUCCUUAUUCUACAGCAUUGUUCUUGGAACCUACCUUUGUCCAACAUCUACCCAAGCAUUCGGUAAGGGCUUGAUAGUAUCUGUGCUGUACACAGUGGUCAUCCCUACAAUGAAUCCCUUUAUCUACAGCCUGAGGAACAAGAACAUGAAAGAGGCCCUGAGAAAUACAUUCAACAGGAAAAGUGUCUUCUCUCGAGGAUUCUGA